CUCUAGAACUAACAAAAAUUUCCCGACUGGAUAUGGGAGCUUAUUUGUGCAUUGCUAGUAACGGUGUACCUCCGACAAUCAGCAAAAGGAUCAAAGUUAGCGUAAAUUUUCCUCCAAUGUUAUGGAUUCCCCAUCAACUGGUAGGAGCUCCGUUAAAUUACGCUGUGACUCUAGAAUGUUUCACGGAGGCUAAUCCAAGUUCCCUAAACUACUGGACCAGAGAAGACGGGCAAAAUAUGAUUCACGAUUCAAAGAAGUAUCACACGGAAAAUAGCGUUGGCAAUCCUUCAUAUAAGACCCAUAUGAAACUCACCAUCAAUAAUAUUCAUCAAAGUGACUAUGGGACUUACAAAUGCGUCGCGAAGAAUCCCAGAGGAGAGACGGAUGGGAUUAUUAGACUGUACACUUCAUCAUCACCAACAUCUUCGUCCAGACCUCCAACCACCGAUUUAUCAAAAUCAAAGGACAUUUGGAGUAAACAAAAUGGUUCUAGCUCUGCUAAUUCUCUGUCGGUCUCCCACGUUUUGGAUAAAGGUGCUAAAUAUCAAUCGAAUUUAAACGAAAUCGACAAAUCACAACAGAAGUCAACCGCUGAUUCGUAUGCCAAAGAUCAUUUUUAUGAAAACUCGCCCGAAAAUACAGAAAAUAUGGGAGAUCGUCUUAAAUUUUACUCGUCUAUGCUUCUAGUAGCCUGCAUCUUGCCAAUUAUGCUCCUAAAGGCGACACGGUGAAUGGGGUAGCAUGAAUAUUUGAAUUAUAUUGGAGUAAGUUUUACGGUUAUACUUAAGAAUGGACGCUUUAAAAUGGAACAAGAAGUGUGUAUUGUACAUUUAGUAUUUACUAUUUAAACAAAGACUGAAAACUUAUUAGCUUAAAAUAUCACUAAAAAACAUAGUAUAAAUGAAUAAUUUUUAUUAUUAUCUACAUUUAUAUUGGUACAUAUUUGAGGAGCUCUAUAUACUCCUAUCUCGUAUGGAGGCGUCUAUGGGGAAUAAAAAAUUAAAAAAUUGAAAGUGUAGCAAAGUGAAAAAUAGAUGUAAAAACAUGUAACUUUUCUUGUAAAAAUUCGCAUAGUGUAUUUUUUGGCACACGAUUACUUAAUUUUUAAUUUAAAAAAAAUCAAAUAUAAGUGUGAAUUAAAUGUUUAGCAAAGUGAAAUGUAGAUUUAAAAAAAAUGUAUUUCAGAUUUUAAAUAGUACAACCCUUUUGCCAAUUUUCAAAAUUUGAGAAGGUACAAUUUGUUUUGAAUAAUACUAAAACAUCCUCCUGUAUAAUAUUUGUUUAGUAAUUCAUCGUUAGUGUCAUUUUAUUGAAGUCUCAGAACUCUAUUUAACAUUUUCUACAAAGAAAAGGCUACAGUUAUAAUCAGUUUAAUUUUUGAGCUUAUUUAUAUCAAUUUACACCGUCAUUAAUCAAAUUUCAGAGGUAGCAUAUCCAGUUAUGUAAAUUUUAUUUCCUUUGAGUGAUAUUAUAUUUUCCAUAAAAUGUAUGCGGUUUCCCUUGAUUUUUUUAAUUAAAAAUUAAGUAAUCAUGUGGGGAAAACAAUAAAAAUGCGCCAUUUUUAAUUUCCUCUUUAUCUUAGUUAUAAAAUUCGGUUUAUGGUUUUUAAAAACCGUAUACAGUGUGAGAUUUUUUCUAUGGAAAAACAAAGUAAUUUUUUAAAGUCAGGCCUGCUUUUUUUCUACUUUGAAUAAAUCAAUUAAUUAUGUGGUAGUAGUGUCAGGUUUGACCAAAAUAUAACACAUGUCGAGCUUAUCGUUAAAAAAUUAUGAAGAAUAGAAAUUUCAGUCAAAAUUCACAGCUUAUACUUUAUAUUAUUAAACAUUAGAAGCAGACAUGUUUUAAUUGUUAUUCCCCAUAGGAAACUCAAGACGAGGUACCAGCAUGUACA